GGGCCUGGCGGCCGCCUACAGCUGGAGGCUGGGGAUGAUCGUGCCCGGGCUGAUCGCCAUCGCGAUGGGCGCAUAUUGCUGGCUGACCAUGUCGGACUCGCCGGAGAAGAGCGGCUUGCCCUCCGCUGAGGAGUACGGCCGCCUCACCGGCUCCGGCGGCGGGCCCGCCGAGGAGCCGCGCGAGGCCGGCGCGCCGGUGCAGGGCGACGACGCGGCCAGCAAGGAGCCCGUCUGGAGGAUGCUGUGCCGCAAUCGCUUCCUGUGGUGCAUGUCGGCGAUGCAUUUCUUCAUCUACUUCAUCCGCCAGGGCGUCCUGAAUUGGGCGCAUUUCUACAUCAUGGACAAUUUCGGCGUGCCGGCCAUGGAGGCCACGGCCCGGGUCAGCGGCUUCGAGCUGGGCGGCCUGCUGGGCUGCAUCGUGUCGGGGCAG